AACGUAUAAUUUAAUUCAAUUAUAAUGAUAAUAUCAAUUAUCAAAUCUUGAUUCUCAUCUCUCCUUCUUUACACCACCCAUUUUCAAUCUCUUCACUUCUCUCAUUGUACUAAUCUUUUUCUUUCAUUCUCUUCAUCACUCUUCACACAUGUUUUCCUCCUUAAAGUUUCCCUGGCCACUAUCUCUUUCUCCCUCUUGUUUUCUGUUUGGCGAUUUUUAGAUUCUGUGUGUCAGAGUUACAUUUUCCUUUUGUCUUUCUGAUUUUCUGAGCAAGAGGACCCCUUUCUGUCAGAUACAAAAUCUCUUAUCUCUAACACUUGCUUUUAAGUGCUAUCCUUCACAUAUCUGCAUCAUUAUCAAUACCCAACUACCCAUAUUCACCACUCCUUCAUGAAUCCUCAUCACCACUCCUCUUAUUUAAACCCUAAUUCUUUGAAAUCUAGGUUCACUAAAAACUUCCUUCGAUCUUUGAUUAAAAUAAACAAGCAAACACCUUUUCCAUGUCGUCCUACAGAGAUGUUUCAACGAUGUCAUAAGGUUAAGACUGCUGCUGAUAAAUCCCUAGCUUGCGCUGUUGGGUCAAGGAGAGUUUGGAGUAGGGCAAUGCUUUGCAAGAUUCGAAACCGAGCACUGAGGAGGGGACCCCAGAAGCCUCCUUCAGUUAGAAGAAUCAUCAUCAACAAUCGAACCAUGAAAAAGGGUUUUAAUUGUUUAAAGGAGAAGAUGAAUGAUGAUCAAGAAGCUGGUAUUGAUCAAACCAGUAAGCUAAGAAAACUGGUACCAGGAGGUGAAGCUAUGGAUUUAUGCAAUUUGUUGGAUGAGGCUGCACAUUACAUCAAGUGCCUUAACACCCAAGUACAGCUAGCUAGCUUCUUGAAAAAACUGGUGAUGAACUGAUCUCUAGCUAGCUUAGUGUUCCAGGAAAUUCAUGAUGCAGAAAGGAUUGAAUCCCUUGGUAAGGAUUGAAGAAAACUGGCACUCACUUUUUUAGGAAAAAAAAAAGGGCAUCUUUUGGUAAUUAGCAGAGGCAAUGGGUCCAAGUAGGUAAUAAUUGUGCUCCCUGGCCUUUAGUCUUGAACCCGUGUAUGUUUCUCCAGUUUUCAAUGUUUUUACGUUUGUCACCCAGUUGCUUCAAAAGUGAUGACCAAAUGAUUCCUUUCUCCCACACAUGCUUCCCACCAAUUAUGUUUCUUUCCCAUCUGUUGUGUGUGUGUGUGUAUAUAUAUAUAUAAUUUUUUUCUUUUUUCC